UUUCCAAUUUCCAAGCAGAUUUGGUUAAUAUUUGAUCCCUGACUCAGGGUUCAUUACGGCGUGUGAGGUGUGUGCCCUGUAAACCCCCAACAAGACCAGCAAAAUGUUGGCUAUCACGAAAUGGAGAAUUGAACAGCGAUUAUUGGUUUUACAUAUGCAAAGACGUUUUAAGAGGAAGGAAAGUCAGCGCAAGAAGACCAACACAAUUCGAGCACAGGAGUACUUUGAUGUUGCAUAUCCUCCUGUAUAUGGUCCACGGUGGCCUUCAAUCAGGCUUGCUCUUUUGUCAAAACAAAAAUAUGUAGCUGUCAUAAACAACUUUGCUAACCAUGAACUUACUGUGGAAAACUUUCAGGAUCUUGGUGCAGUGGACAUCAGGCAUAAAUAUUCAAUUAUUGCUGAUCGAAUGAAAGCUAGUAAGAAACAGAAGGCUCAGCAGGUAUCUGAGGAAUGUGAGGAGAGUUUCUCUGAAGAUCAGAGAGACACUGAAGAUUCAGAAUUAAUAAGACCCUCCCUUGUGAAGCUAGACGAUGAUGAGUUAGCAGCACGAGCAAAAGUGGAACCCAUUAGUCGUUACCCAGAAGAAUAUCAGCUAAGAGCUUUGGCCAAAGACCCUACUCUUGGGGCAGCAGAAUUUGACAACACCAGUCGGGUUAUUCUUCCUUCUGAAGUUGGCACCAGGGGGACCAGCAUCAUGAUGGAUUAUGUGCCAGCCACCAAACUAAAGGGACUGGAAAACUGGAUUGAGGAGACAGAUAUUUUCGUUCAACAAGGAGAUCGGGAGAUUGGUUUUAUAACAGAAAAGCAAGAGGAACCAAUAAACUUACCAUCAAUGCUGAAGGUUUAUGCAUUUGCUAAAGGAGAUAUCUCCGAUUUUCCACAACCAAAGAUGGACCACCACCUGAAAGUGUUGGACUACUAUGCUCUAGAUGGUGCAUCCCUACUACCAGUAUUAGCUCUUGACAUUCAGGCUGGGGAGAAGGUGCUUGAUCUUUGUGCUGCUCCAGGAGGAAAAACAUUAAUUGCACUGCAAACCAUAUUACCAGGCAUUGUAGUGAGUAAUGAUGCAUCUGAAAGCCGUGGUAAUAGAAUACGUGAAACGCUAAGGCAGUAUAUCCCUCAUGGAAUAUCAAGCUUUGAGAGACAUUCAGUAAUUACAAAGAGAAAAUCAAGGUCAGAGUGCUACGAGCACAAAAGUAGAGCUACGUUUGGACAGUUUAAGGAUCAGCUUUCAGGCAGUACGACCCGGGGGAAUGUGGUGUAUUUUACUUGUACAUUGUCACCCCUUCAGAAUGAUGGUGUUGUGUAUUUGGCACUAUCUAAAUUAUGGCAGGAGACAACUAUUGAAUGCACAAUUGUAGAUAUGAGUUAUGCAGUUCGGCCAUUAAGUUUUCUCUACCGAUUUGGCACUAAUUUAGGCCUACGUUAUGGACAAAUUGUACUGCCAUCUCUUCUUAACAAUUUUGGUCCAAUGUAUGUGGCAAAAAUUAGGAGACUAAGGUAAAAACAAUUGUGAUGGAACUCCAAUUAUUUCCUUGCUCUUAAAAUAUCAGUGUUAAAACAAGUAGUAAAUGAAGACUUAAAAAAUAUUUACUGAGCUAAAUGGGAAUUUAAAAUAAAUUAUUUAAGUAAC